AAUAGUGAGAGGAAGAACCACCUGACAAACAGAGGAGCAACGAGGAACCAGAACGCAUUGGUGAUCAUAUUCUAUUGGACUACUGAUAGUGAGGCCUGAGCAAUGCGUCCAGCUGUGGUAACCGCUGUCCUGCUGUUGGUGUCCAUCCUGGAGACUGUGACGGCCGAGGGCGUUUAUUUAGAUCCACAAUUUUGUCAACAAUACCCGGCUCCGCCAUGUGGUGACGGAUGGAGCCGCACUGCUCCGGAUCGCUGUGCUAAACUCAUCGGGGUUCAGAAAAAUUUCAAUGAUGCACAGGCACACUGUCGCUCCUUAAACAGCGAUCUGGUGUCCAUACACAGUGAAGACGAAAUGAACACCCUGACUUGUUUGACCUAUCAUGCCUAUCAUGAUUCCAAGAAGUUUUGGGUUGGAGCCAAAAGAUCAGGGGGUGUUUUUGGAUUCGUUGAUGGAUCCAAAUUCAACUACAACUCAUGGUCACUCGGGGAGCCGAACAACUCUGGUGGAAAGGAGGACUGCAUCGAGUCAGUCUUUAAUAGUUGGGAAUACUGGAACGAUGUACCCUGCACAGGGGUGAAGUUCUUUGUGUGCGCCAAGAAGAUGUGAUCAUCAUCAGCUGAUUUCACGUUUUCAGUCAGUGUGUGAGCUGACGACCUGUGCUGCAGUCUGAUUCAUGAUAACCACUGCAAACACAAGCUUAUAAAAUUACUCCAAUAAACGCUUCAGUAUUCUUUUU